GACCAGCAGGUGGCAGGCUGCUGAGUCCAGAAAACUUCAAAACUGAACAAAGUUCAUUUCUUAUCGGCUCACCUACCGGAAGUUAAGCAGCAGCUCACCUGGAGCAGAAAUGGAGAAACAAGUCGCUCCUGUCGUCAUUGACAACGGCUCCGGUUUUACCAAAGCUGGUUUUUCUGGAGACGAUGCUCCCUGCGCCGUGUUUCCGUCAGUGGUUGGUCGCCCCACGCACCAGGGCGUGGCGGUGGCUGGAGGACAGAAGGACAGAUUUAUAGGAGCUGAAGCUCUGAGUCACAGAGAUCUGCUGACCCUGAAGAAUCCCAUCGAACGCGGCGUCGUCGUCAACUGGGACGACAUGGAGAAGAUCUGGCAUCACACCUUCUACAACGAGCUUCACGUUGAUCCUGCGAAUCAUCCGGUCCUGCUGACCGAGGCGCCGCUCAACCCCAAACCAAACAAGGAGAAGAUGACACAGGUCAUGUUCGAGGCCUUCGGCUGUCCUGCCAUGUACGUGGCCAUGCAGCCGGUCCUGUCCAUGUACUCCUCUGGUCGGACCACAGGGACGGUGAUGGAGUCCGGUGACGGCUGCAGUCAUGCCGUUCCGGUUUAUGAAGGCUACGCUCUGCCUCAGGCCGUCCUGCGCCUGAACCUGGGUGGAGCGGACCUGACGGAUUACCUGGUGAAGCUCCUGACCAGCAGAGGAUUCAGCUUCAGCUCCGCCGGUCAGCGUGAGAUGGUAAAUGGUAUGAAGGAGAAGCUCUGCUUCGUGGCUCUGGACUUCGACCAGGAGGUGAAGACGGCGGCUUCUUCCUCCUCCCUGGACAAAACCUACAAGCUUCCUGAUGGACGAGACAUUUCCAUCGGCGCAGAGCGGAUCCGCUGUCCAGAGGCGCUCUUCAAGCCUGAACUCAUCGAAAUGGAGGCAGCUGGAGUUCAUGAAACCAUCCACAGCAGCAUCAUGAAGUGUGAGGUGGAUGUUCGUAAAGACCUUUUCUCCACCAUCCUGCUGUCUGGAGGCUCCACCUUGUUCUCUGGGAUCUCUGAUCGCAUGAAGAAGGAAAUCUCUCAUCUCGCCCCGCCGACCGUGAAGAUCCAGAUCUUCGCCCCCGCUGAGAGGCAGUUCUCCGUCUGGAACGGCGGCUCCGUUCUGGCCUCGCUCUCCUCCUUCCAGCAGAUGUGGAUCAGCAAACAGGAAUACGAUGAAUCCGGUCCGGGCGUCGUUCACCGUAAAUGUUUCUAACCUCCAUCGGCUGGGUGAUGAUUACACCACCUGCUCCACCCGUCUGAACGGAUCUGGACAGAAACAUGUUGAACAAAAUCAAUGGGUUAAACAUUUUUAAUUAAACUUUUGGGAACUGCAGAGAUCUUUCCAUAUCCAGCUGCAGGAAGCCUCUAGAGGGCGCUGUGGUCUGAUGGGGUUGGUAGAGUCUGACUUUAUUCAUCAGAAACAUUAAAAACCAUUUCUGUAUAGACUGAGGGUCGGUGUGUUUACUCUAAUAUUAAAUUUAAAUGACCGACAUCACUGCUGAAAACCUGAACUCUCAGUAUAAUAAUGUGUUUUAUGAUGAAUAUGUUUAUUUAGCAGCUUUGGAUCAACUUGUAGCAGAAAUCCUGAUGUGUUUAGAGUCUCUGACGGUUUUACAGAAAAAUUUAAACAUGAAUUAAUUCAAAAACAAUUAGUUUCAAACUAAAAUGUCUUUUUUUUCUGGGUUUAUCCUCAAUUAGAAACCAAAAUUAAAUUUUUGUUACUAAUUUCUGAAAUUUCCAGGCUAUUUAUCUUCAUAGCUCUGGAGAAACUUUUUUGUUUUUCCACUGAUGAAACUUUUAAUAUUGAAAAAUCUUCAAUUGUAAAAAAAUAAUUUUGAGCUGUAAAACCUUUUAUCUGUAUCUUUUAUUAUUUCUGACAUAUUAUUGUAAAUUUAACUCCUGAAAUGAAAACACUGAAUUUAAUAAACCCAAAUAAUUUAUUAUCAUGAA